UUCAGCCCAGCGACGUUGCCGCUAUUCUUCGGGUUCUUCCGUUCUUUUCCUGUCAAAAACACACAAAAGCGUUCGCUCGAAAGACGUUUGUUUGCCCCUGCUUUGCAUUGCAUUGCUCGUCGUGUUCUAGCCGGCCGCAGUUGCAUCUUUGUGUGUUUAAUUUAAGUGUUCGUGUUUUUCGUUCAGUGCUCGUAUUUUAAAUUAAAUUUAAACAAAAAAACACUUCAGAAAUGGCCACGGAAGUUGAAAAUAACGCCCCAGCGGCCGAGACCAAAGAAAUCAAAGAGGAAAAAGAUACUCCAAAAGUCGAAGAGGCGAAAAAAGAGGCCGAAGCCGGGGCGGGGGAUGCUCCCAGCAAGGAAAAAGAAAAGGAACCCGCACCCCCGAAAGUUGUUGUGCACAAAAACAACUUCGAAAAGGAUAUUGUUUAUUUGUAUCAAUUUUCGCGUACUCCCUUGUUGCCUUCGAUGAGCCCCUAUUGUUUGAAAGUCGAAACUUGGCUGAGACUCGCAGGAAUUAAAUACGAGAAUGUUGACCACAAAAUGAAAUACCGAUCCAAAAAAGGUCUUUUACCCUUCAUCGAACUAAAUGGAGAAGAAAUUGCUGAUAGUGCUCUGAUCAUUAAGGAAAUGAGUCAGAAAUUCAAUAACGAUUUGGACGCGGCUUUGACCCCCGAACAACGCAAUUUGGCCCAUGCCACUACCAGCAUGAUCGAGAACCAUCUUGCUUGGGUCGUUAUGUGGUGGCGUUCCAAAUACCCUGACAGCGUACUCAAAGGUUACAAAGUCAAUCUUCAACACGCUCUUGGUACCAGAAUACCCAAUGGAAUUUUGAACUUCUUCUUCAAAUUCGCUUAUGGAAGAAAGUGGUUCCAGGGUACUAAAAAGGCCAAAGCUCAUGGCAUCGGUGUCCACACCCCUGAGGAAAUUAUCCAGUUUGGACAGGAGGAUCUCAAGGUCCUCUCUGAUAUGUUGGCCGAUAAGCCAUUCUUUUUUGGCGAUGAACCAACAAGCCUCGAUGUUGUAGUCUUUGCCCACCUAGCUCAAAUCUACUUCUUGGACAAAGAAGUUGAGUGGGUGAUUCGUGACUACAUGACUGAAUCUUGUCCCAACCUGGUUGGACACGUGAACAGGAUGAAGGAACGUUGCUUUGCUGAUUGGGAUGAUAUUUGCAGCACACUGGACUUGAACUCGCACCUUCCCAAGCCAGUGCCAGAAGCCAAGGAUGAUAAGGAGGCCGCCAAGGAUGAGAAAGAAGGUGACAAGGAAAAGGAGCCUGAAGACAAAGACAUCGAAAAAGAGAAGGAGGAGGCACAAGAAAAGGACAAAGCGGCACAAAAGGAAUCUGAAGAAAAUAAAGAGAAGGAAGCUGCGAAAUAAGCGGAUUGAUCUUUUUUGCCUCUGCCAAAGGCAAAAUUCAAAAUUCUCAAUUUUUUUUAUGAUAUAGUUUCUUCUCUCUCCUGUUUUAUUUUAUUUGUCUGAUUUAUGUGCAACAUUUUAGUUUGUAAGUUAAUGGAUCUAUAUUUUAUUGAGGAGUAGUAGAUUUGAAUCAUAAUAGUGCCAUCAUUUUGGUGAAAUAAUCUUCUCAUUCACUCUUAAUAAUUAUUCAAUACUCUUUCCAUCAGCAUAUAAUAUAGAAUUUAAUAUUUUAGCUUUUUCUUAAUUGAAUAUAAAGGACAGUUUUUUAAUAAAAGAAAAUUUUUAUAUUAACUCUGCUAGUUAAACAUUAUUAUUGUUUGUAUAAAUAUUUUAGCUAGGUUUAAUGUAAGCAUUGUAUGUCUGGCAAAGGAGCUUUAUUCAGCCUUAAAAGAAAAAAGUCCAACAUCAUCACGUGGCUGUAUAAAGUUCUUUUUUUUAAUAAUAAUAACAAUAAUUAUUCAUACAUAAGGCAAUUUUUAUUGGGACAAAAUUGUUGCUUGUGUGAGCAGUUUACAUGUUAGUGCAGUCUUUAAUAUAUGUAUGAAAAAAUAUUAAUUAAUGUAUCCUAGUGCGUAAUAAUACAUAAGUAGUGCAUUUAUUCAUUGAUUAUUAUUAUAUCCAUUCCACGUUUCUUAAAAAUAUAGCAAUUUCAUUUAAAUCAUAAAUUUGGGAGUGUAGCUUGAAGCAAUGCUCAAAAUCAGUCGAAAUUGUUUUUAUCAACUUGUAAAAUCAAAACUUGCGCACAUCUAAUGACCAAAAUCAUUUCAGUGCACUCCCACUGAAUAGAAAAACUCUAAAAACCACAUUUAUAAACAUGAUUAUGGUAGUGUUUUGUAUUUUUUUAAGGCCACUUAACUCUUAAACUACGCUUUGUAAAAUUGUUGGACCAUAUUUCUAAAUUAAAUUUAACAAAAAACUCAGACAAUUUUUGGUUGUAAUCUCUGACCAAUCAAAACUCAACCGACUUGAUUUAUGGAAAAAUUAAAGCUCAAUCGAAUCGAAUGACUAGCAUUGAUAUAUAUUUUUUUUUAUUUCAAUUUGUUUUAGUUAAAAAUAUGUUCGACUUUCAAAACUGUGUUGUAUGCUAUAUGCUAUACUGAUAAUUUAAAAUAAAUAUAAGUUCAUAUUUUCAGUUUUAAAUG